AUGUCUCUGAUCAAUCUAUUCUCGCACCAUGCCCCGGGCAGCACUGGGGACGUCUGCGGGUCCGGUCUGGGCCUAUUGGGUGCAAGCCUGUGCCCUCGUCUUAACAGCCUCGACUCACAGCUUUGGUCUGAGCCUAAGGACUGGAGCCCUUGGACUCAUCGACCAUACUGCCAAGGAGCCUGGUGCGUGCACACACAGGCACUGGUUCCGUCUGGCCAAGGGAUCAGCAUCAUCACGCAUCACUCGGAGGAGCAAGAAGCCACUGAAAUCUUGGCUACCUUGAGCCAUGAUUUCGACGAGCCUGGCUGCGCCAUAGGAGUCGGAGGCCGCGGACCAAAUUCUGAUGACGAUAAAAUUCGUGACAAGGAUCGCCUCUACGAGGUCAAAGAAUCCAAGGGCAAGGGCAUGGGAGUAUUUGCGACUCGCAAGAUCCCACGUGGGACAAUUAUCAUGAUAGACCGCCCUAUAAUGCUCAAGUUGGAACAGAAUAUAAAUGUCGACGUCCUUUCUGAAACCCAGCGGAGCCAUCUCUUCGACCAGGCAGCAACGCAACUAUCCGAUCCCGACCAGCUGCUGAGUCUAGCUCAGCACGAUGGAUUCACAGGUUCGCAGGCGGAGAACGCUGCCAACUAUAAUAGUUUCCAGAUUGACCUUGGCAAUGGGACUUACAGCGCCGUCUUCCCUCGCGUCUCGCUGCCGAGCCAAGUGGUCGCCGAAGACUCUAUCGCAGACAAUUUGGACGACAUACCAAUGGGGCCAGACUGGAGGUGGUUUCAUCGCCAAAAUGAGCUCAGAGACAACUGGAAUUUCGAAUGUACUUGUUCAUUGUGUUCUGCUGGGUCAAGAAAAAGAGAGGCGUCAGACGAGCGAAGGCGAAAAUUUUCAGACCUGGCGGAAGAAUAUCACCAGCUCAACCACUACGACACCAAAGCGUCACUAAAGGCGCUGCAGGUUCUGGAAAAGGCAAUGAGAAUCAACAGGAAGGAGCCAAUGUUGACGAGCGCGACGCCGCUGAUCCAGGCUGCAUGGACGGCAUACAGGGGCGGGCACGCUGGAAUGGCCAAACGAUACGUGGAGGAGGUCGAGGAGGACAUGAGGGCUAGAGGAUUUGAUGACGAAUGGGAGCAAAACUCACUCAAGGAUGUUAAGAAGUUACUGUAUUAA